CUCUCUUCACAGUUAACAUGAAAUGCUCUGGUGUGGCCACCGAAGUAUGCCAGCAACCAUAGUCUGCACUCGAGAUACGUUCAUUCAUUAUUCAUCACCGGUCCCGCUCAACGCACCAAGAAAUAAAUAGAACAAAGGCCUUCCUUCUCACGCCACGGACAACUCUUGCCCCUCAACACAACACGACGGACGGACGGACGGACGGAUGAAUCAGUCAGUCAGUCAGCCAAUCGCCACAUAUGAAAAGUACAUGCGUAUCGUACACACACGUUACAUUAAGCACCCUUGGCACCCAUCGAGCCACUAAUCAAUCACCACCAACCAACAAACUUCCAGCUGGCCAACCAACCCUGGUACCCCCCUCCCCUCCCCUCCCCUACUAUGCUAUCCUACACACCUGUCUGUACGCAACACUCACUCAACGCUUUCCCCCCCUAUGUGAACUCCAUUUGUAGUCCUGACGAGGUGGUGGCGGUGGGGGCCCUCGGCCGUCCCGCCGGGGCUGCGGAGAACGGGAAGAGCCCCCUCGAGUGAUGUCGCGAGGGCCUCUGUCGUCGACGCGCGGAUUCUUACUGCGAGGGCCUGGGCUGAAGGGUUUGCGUGGAGGUGACCGCUCUCGCUUGUCCCUAUCCCUUCCCCUCUCGUCGCCGUCUCGUCCGCGGUCCCGCUCGCGUGGGCCCACCCUGUCGAUGCUCAUGUUGCCGCCCUCACGUGAAUGCCGCGGUGCGCCGAUCGGAGACCUGUUGUGGGCCCUGUCGUGGUGCGCUGGCCUGUGCGGCGAAUGCACACCUCGCUCUCGCUCUCGCUCUCGGAUGGGAGGCGACCGCGGUCUGCCGGGAGACCCGCGGCCUCGAGGGGACGGCCUGACUGACACUGGCCGAUCGUCACACCGUCGCUGGCCAUCAUAUGGCCUCCGCUGUGGUGGGGACGGGCCAUCUGCUCGCUUGCCGUCCUCUCGAUGACGUGGCGCUGGGCGGACAACCUCCCUUCCUGGCGGCAUGCGACGAUCGGCACUUGGGCGCGGUGGACCCUCCUCGGGCUGUGGGCCCCCUCGUAUAUCAGGCGGCCUGACAGCAUUUGGGGGCUGCCGAUGAGCGCCUGGCGGGGGUGCUGUUGCAGAUGCCUUGGGCUCGGUGGCGGAUGCGGGGCCGUCGAUGACAGGCGAUAUCAGGGCCGGCAGGGACGGUGUCAUCGGCGGGGUGGCCGUAUGAGCGAGAAGCUGAGGGUCCAUCAAUGGGGGCUGCCCGGUGGGAGGCCUCACGCAGUUCUGCAGCUCCUCUCUCGUCCCCUCCUUGAUCUCCUUGUCCGUCAGCUGCACCCCCUGCUUGACCUCCUCCACGUCCAGCAGACCCACACCCGAGUCGAACUCAGCCGCCGUGAGGCAGGCUCGGCGGGCUAUGGCAGGGGCGGCGAGGCAGCGAUGCUGGGGUGGCUGACGCACCAGAUCGUCAUGGCCCUCGUAGGCACGAGCGAGGCGCACGGGGUCGGGGGUAAACUUCUGCUGAACGGCGAAUAAAUCCUGAGAUUCAAGAGGGAGGGAAGAAACGAUAAUGAUCAUGAGCAGGGAGGGCCGCUUUCGGGUUGGCUGUUUGGUGUAGGUUAGGUUCUGUACCUCAGGAAGGACCGAGACGAGGGAGGCCUUCUCGACCCCCGCCAGCUUGCCGCGGUCGUCGAAUACGGGCGACUCGAACGCGAGGUGGAAUGAGUGGAGGAAAUGGCGGCCGAGGAGCUGGCGCAUCUGCCAGUACUCGCGACGGUGGUGGUCGCUCAUGUAUUUGGUGUCCCACAGAAGAGGCCAGCCGUUUUCCCCCCCCAUGUGCACGCGGAUUUGGUGCGUUUUACCUGACCAGCCAACAGCACAGCCAGGGUGAGGUGAGUGAGCAGCAGAUGGACUUCCACUUCUCCCGCAACCGCAACCGCACCCACCUGUGUCGAUCUUGAGAUGCACAAUCGACACAACUUCGUUCUCUUGCGCUGUGUGCGGGGGCCCCAUGGUCAGCACGUCUUGAAGUGCGUAGUGGGUGAUGGCUUUGUCGGUCUCGGAGCCCUGCACACACCACGUCGACACGCAUGCCAACACACACAAGACGUCACCAGCCUCACAACCGCCUAUGCGUGCGUGGAUCCGUCGGUGUCUGUCUGUCUGCUGACCGUGUCGUGUUCCUUUGAGACGAAGCCUCUCUCAUCCGCCUGGUUUGUGAUGUAGUUCUUGAUGGUACCGAUAGGCGGACUCGGAACGCCAAGCACCAUGGCCUAAACAAGCAACAGAACACUUGACUCUGUGUCCUCUCUUCUCCCUCUCAGGCAGACAGGCAGGCUUGUAGCUAACCUAACGUACCUUGUAGAUUUUGACGAAUCCGGGUCCCUUGCGCUGCACAUUCCUGAGAUGUUGGUAGGUGCGCUCGUCCUUGGCCAGCAUCAGCAGCCCACUGGUGUUCAUGUCCAGCCGCUGCAUGAACCCGUUUGACAGAUCCUUCCGACCGAAGAGGGCCGGCAUCUUGCACUGGCGCUUCUCGGGGUUGGUGGCGAACUCGGGACGCCAUGGCUCGGGCUGACCCAAGUUGAAGUAGGCCCACACAGCGAGCUGCGGCUUGUCGGCCUCGCUGAGCUGCUUCUCGUCCUCCCACAGUCGUGGGUCGACCUUGUCGGUGCAACUGAACAACCACACACCACACCCUUCAUGCCUCUCGUCUGGUCUCGUCCGCUUUUGGUCACUCACUCACCACUCCCAUCCUUGCGGCUUGGAGAUGACCCACGUGGUUGCGUACUCCGCAUGAAUAUCAGGCUUCAGCAACGGCCCCCUCCUCCGCUCGUCAGCCCUCUCCCCCGGGGGCGACGGCCGUGCUGGCGCCCCGGCAGCAUCCGGCGCGCUAAGCAGGGAAGCGCUCUGCGGCACUGGCAACGUGCUGCUCCUCAGAAAGCUCGGGGCGGCGGCGGGCUUCUGUGCGUCGGGUUUCUUCUCCUUGCGCUUGAUGGCUGUGCGUCGGACGACCUUGGCCGGAUCGACUUUGCGGGAGCUGUUUUGGCUCUUGGGCUGCUCGCCAGCUGCCCCAUUGAGCCUGCUGCCGUCGGCGGACUUCUUGCUGGCCGGGGACACCUCCUUGGCCGCCUUCUUCUCGCUCGCCUUUGCCUUCUGCUCAGCAGUUCCCUCGCCACUGUCUCCCUUGUCGCUGAAAAGAGCCGGGAAAGGAGGGAGCUCGACAGCUGCUGUUGGAAGGGUGCCGUCAGUCUUGGCCUUGUCCAUCUUGCGCUUCUUGGUCUCGCCGUCCUGGUCCUUCUCCUCUCCCUUGCGCUUCUUGGGCGCCUUGUUGGGCAGGGCAUCGAAGGACGAUCCCACCGAUGCAGAUGGCGUGUCCGCAGGGCUGCUGCCCUUGUCACUCUUGUCCGCCUUCUUGCCCCUGUCACUGUCGGCUUGUGCUACAUCGGCAGCAGGCGCCUUGGCGGGUGAGAGAGGCCGUGGCUGCGGGUGCGUGUCGGUCUUCUUGAGCUUCUUCUUGGCGGCGGGGACGGCCUUGGGCUUGGCUGAUCCUGCUGGGGACAAGGAGCGGGGGGCAGCACUGGGGGGAGUGUCUGAAGUGAUGAUGAUUCACAUGGAUGGGCGGGGGGGUGGGGUGGGUGGGUUUGUGCGCCGCGCCCUGUCUGUCGUGUCGUCACGUACCAGAUUUGUUUGAGGCGCUCUUCUUCGCCUUGGCCUUGGCCUUCCUCUUGCGCAUCUUCUCCACGAUCCUGCACACACCACAUCCAGCCGCCAGUCCCCAGUUGCCCGCAGCGAUGAGAUAUGAUGUGGUCUGGUGUGGUGUGGUCUGGUGUGACGCGGGUUGCCUACUGUUUCUUCUUCCAUUUGCGCUUGGCAGUGAGCAUUUGGGUCUCGAUGUCCUCGUCCAGAGGGGUGGAGAAGCUGCCGUGGGGGAAGGAGAACAAGACACGACACAUGUGGGUGUGUAUCGGCCACUCGUCCAACCAUGCAGUCAGGAGAUGCACUUACUGUCUGCGUCUCUGCCACGUCGGCUUCUUGAAACCCUGCACACACACACACACAUAAAAGCGGAGGAAGACAGCCGAAUGAAGGCAUGGCUGCUGGCUCGUCGCCGGCCUGCAUGUGUUGUCUGUCCUGUGUGUGUGGUUUGUAUCAUCUGACCUCCCAGUAGGUGCGCCACUUGCCCCGUCCGUUCCGGCUCUUGGCAUACUCACCUAUCCGCUGCACAGCACACCAAUCAAACCAGCACAAGACACGUGCCCGUCAUCAACCAGCAAAUCGAUGACCGCGCAUCUCGUUCGUCCAUUGGGUUGCAUGUACAUCUGUUCCCUCCCUCCCUCACCUCAACAACGAAAUCUGCCCCUUGCACAUUGGCGUCUUCCUCCUCAGACGUGUCCUCCUCUGUGACCGACCCACUCGUGUCCUUGCACUCCGUCUCACUCACACUCAUCUCGUCCGUCAGCACCUCAUCCACGCCACGAUCCUUCGACUUGGCCGUCGACCGGCUCUUGACACUGUAGCUCGUCGGUGACCCGCCCUUUAAGGGCCCAGGAGCAAUGCUCGCCUGCUCAGCGCCCUUGGACGGCUCGCCGUUCUCAUCAUCCUGUUGAGGUUGCGGUUUCUUGAGACGGCCCUUCCUCGGCUUCUCAGCAGCCCCGUCGGCCGCGGAAGACCGCAGUGCCACGGGACCGGCCUGAGGCAUGGCAUUUUGAGCAGUGAAGGGUGCUGGCGGCGUCUCUGGGGGGAGAGAUGGAGCGGGGGGCGGGGAGAGGGAGAAUGGGCGAGGUGGGGGGGAUGGGGGCUCCUCCAGUGGGACAGGCUGCUCGGCAGGCGGCGGGCUGGCAGCAGGAAGGGAAGGGGCCUCACAAGUAGGCUCCUCGGGAGCCGCCUUGGCCUCUUCUGCAGCCUUCUCUCCUGACGACGGUCUCUCAGCGGCGAUAGCAGCGGCCACCGUCUCCUCAGACCGCUUCUGUACCGCCGCCGACGCUGCUGACUCCUCUUCCUCCGCCUUCUUUCGGGCCUCCUCUUUCUCCUCCUCCUCUGCCCUCUUUCGAGCCAGCUUCUCCUCCAGCUUGCGGGUCGCCCACUCUGGCCUCUUGACGACGGGACUCUCACAGAAGUCGCACUCAUCCAUCUCGAGCGUCCACCGACUGCCGCAUUUUCCCGGGCACAACCAGCGGUUGUCGCUGUCGUCCAAUAGGUCUUUCUCUGCACCAUCUGCCGUGUCGUCAGCUCCUGCGGGGGACGGUGGUGGUGGGGCGGGGGUCGCCUCGCUGGGCGCGGCGGCAGCAGCUGCUGGUGCUGUUGCAGGGGAAGGACGAGGAGAGGGAGGGGGAGCAGGGGCAGGGAGGGCAGCUGGUGACGCAUCGUCGGCUGUGUCGCCGAAGAUGUCUUGAAGCCAGGCGAUUUCGUCUGACGGAUGGUUCUUGAUAGCUAUCGCCCCGUCCCCGACGGCAUUCUCGCUCUCCGGCUGCUGCUGCUCUUGCACCUGCUGGCCCUCGUCAGCUGCUGCCACCGCCACCGCCGCCGCCGCCGCAGCAGCGGGAGGCGCCUCAGUAGGUGUGUCGGCAGCGAGCUGGGGUGCGGCUGGAGGGGCUAUGGGCGGUUCUGGGGCCGCAGACGACUCAGCAGGUGGGGCCUCGAGGAGAUCUGAAACAAAGCCCAUACAGUACAAACACCCAGAGUGGGUGCACUGCAGGCACGUUGAUUCGCAUCAGACAGACAGACACGUACCUUUGGCUGUGAUAGUUCCGUCCUUGAUGGCCUGGACAAACAGCUCAGCCAAAUCUGCGGCGCUGACGUCACGCCCCUCCCCGCCCUCCAGCUCCAGCCGAUAUGCUGCCGCACAACCGUCCGAACCCUUCGAUGCGCCGGCAAACAGAGCCGAACGGCCGUCGUCUUGAAGGGUGAGGCGGGUCUUGUGUGCCGUGAGGCCGAAGAUGGGGAUCCACUGCGCCUUGUUGUCCUCUCCGCUGCCAUCCCCGCACGCACCAGAUGACUGCGAUAACGCUGCGGCGGCCGCCAUCCCUCACAGCAGGCCGACAACACUCCGCAUCAAGCACCAGAUUCUUCCCACAAGCAGCUGCAGGCAUCUAUGCGCAUGACGCUCAUUUCCAC